AAAGAGUCUUUCAUUUCACAUGAAAUUCACGUUAACAUCAAUUCAUUGAAUAAAUUGUCAUUUUGUUUACAAUUAAGUCAUUCAUAUGUUUUACAACUCAUUAUUAUUAGCGAAACAAUUGUCAUAAAAGUUUUUGCUGUCAUUUCAUAAUAACAUUAAUUUAAAUAAUAAUCAACUUUUCGUAACUCAAAGCCGGCAUUGAAUUCACGAUAUGUUCAAAAAGUUUGACGACACAAACAUCUCGAGUGUCACUCAACUCAAGGGUUCCGUUCAGAAGGGCAUCAAACAGAAGAUCGUCCAACAGUUCCCGCAUAUCGCCGAUUACAUCGAUGCUAUUCUGCCCAAAAAGGAUGCCAUCAAGACAUUGAAAUGUCACGAACACAUAGAGGUUGUCAUCGGUUCCAACGGUGAGCACCUAUUCUUCCGACAAAGAGAUGGUCCAUAUUUGCCGACAUUAAGACUCGUUCAUAAAUAUCCGUUUAUAUGUCCGCUGAUGCAAGUGGACAGAGGAGCCAUCACUUUCGUAUUGAGCGGCGCUAACAUCAUGUGUCCCGGACUCACAUCCAAAGGCGCUAUUAUGACACCCGAUUUGCCCGUCGAUUCAGUGGUCACUGUUAUCGCCGAAGGAAAACAAAGCGCUUUAUCGGUGGGAGUCCUCAAGAUGUCCUCCAAUGACAUAGCCAAAAUAAAUCGUGGAAUUGGUGUCGAAAACAUUCAUUUCCUGAAUGACGGCCUCUGGAGACUCAAAGCCAUUAAAUAAAUAGCCGUUUGUAUUAGUUUUUAUUCAUUUUUCUAUAAAAUUGAUUGUAUUUUAACAAUAAAUUUAAAGGAUUGUGAUCAUUAAAGUGAUCAAACA